UUCUUUGGCGUAAGGAUGGAGAUGUCUAUAGAGAGUUGGUUCAAUCUGCAUUACUAUGGGUUCGGACACGGCGAGGAGGGCGACUACUACGAAGAGGAAGAAGAAAGUGAGGAGGAUGAGGUUGUGCCACAGGAACCGAUCGAGGAAGUCGAUGAUCGCGAGUUUCCCUUUCAUGAUGAUGUGUUUUACAUCAACUUGAAGGGACCGCGUGUCCGUACCGGGUUUGACAAUCUUCCAAUGGAGAUCCUGCUGAACAUAUUUCGCUUUCUCAACUCGAUGGAUCGAGACUCGGCGGCCCUCACCUGCAAGCGUUGGUUCGAUGCGAUGGGCUAUCGGGACUUUCUCGACGAGGUGUGCUUUCACUUUGAGGAGGUGAGCAUCUGCGAUGGGACACCACCGAUCGCGCUGUUCUUGCGUAGCUUUCGGCGCUUUUCCAACAUCAAGCUCACCCGGGUCCAGUUCAACGGGUACAGCGAGUUUUGGGACGUGUUUGGUGAGAACAUUCGUGAGAUUACGUUCUGCAACUGUGUGACGCUGACAAAAUCGAAGCUCACGAUGAUCCUGAAACGGUUGCCCUUUCUGGAGUGUCUCGUGCUGGAGGAAGCGGACGAGUUCUUCAAAACGUGGACCUCGGUUGAGUUGAAACGUAUUGAGCCAGUGUGUCGCUGCUUGCGCAAGCUAGCACUGCGCAAGAGUAACGCGUUUACGGUGGACCAGCUUUACUAUCUUGUCGCGAUGGGGCCGAACAUUUGUGCGCUGGAAAUAUCCAAAUGUCUGAAGCAGAUUGAUGCUCCGACGCGGGUUAAAAUUCUUACCACCAUACUGGCGAUCAUGAAGAUGCGCAAAAAGAAGCUCCAAUCGGUCGAUUUCAGCUACACCAUGUAUGACGAUCUGUUUUUGAAGCAAUUUGCCGAGAUCGAAAACAUGUCGUUAAGUCAGAUUAGUCUAUCGUUUUUCGAGCGAGCACCGAUCAAGGAUCCGGGCAUUAUCGAUAUACUGCGCUGCCAGUCCGCCAUCGUACACCUAGAUCUGUCCUCGUUCUUGAACCUCACAGAUUUCGCCUUGAUCGAAAUUUCUACCUCGCUUCGGAUGCUGAAGACACUCAAGCUGAACGGAUGCUGGCUGCUGACAGACUUUGGUGUGGAAUCAAUCUACCAGCUUGAUCGUUUGCAAGUGCUCGAUCUAUCCGACUGUGACAAGAUCAGUGAUCGAGGAUUUAUGAAGGCGAUUGUUGACAAACGACGGGAUUGCAUGAGCCAGCUCUACCUUAGCAUGUUGCCCGGAUUAACGGAUAGCGUGAUCCUGAAGAUUUGCCUAACGCUGCUCAAUCUCACCGUGAUCGAUUUUUGUGGUUCGGAUUGUAUGAACGAUACGUCGGUACAGUUUCUCUUUUGCUAUCUAAAGUGUCUUCGCAUUCUGCGACUAAAUGGAUGCGUUAAGAUCUCCGAUGCUGGGCUAACAGGUGAAGAUCUUCCGGUAGCGGUGAUCGAGAUCUGGGACACACAGACAACGUUCUCCAUCAGCGAACUGCGCAGUCUGCAGGAGCUUCAGCUGUCCGGAUGCUUCAAAGUGACCGAUUUCACGCUGGUACAUUCAUUCCGAUUCCGAGAGUUGCGUGAACUUAACCUUGCCCACUGUGUACAGAUUUCCGAACCAGGGAUCGAGGCAAUGUCACGAAACUGUCCCGCACUGGAGCAAAUAGAUCUGAGCGAUUGUUUUCACGUCAACGACAAAUGCGUAGAGGCACUCGCGAAGAACCUUUUGAGGCUUCGUUCGUUGAAGCUUGUACGGUUGCCUCUGAUUACUGGAGCCAGUGUGGACGCGCUUGUACAGUAUGCGAAAGCGCUCCGAUAUCUGUACAUACGCGGUUGUAACAAAAUACCGAAAGAUGCACCGGAACGGUUGAAGAAAAUUGCCACACUACGUAAUAUACCCAAGUGUUAGUCGAUGUUGUCCUGUUGGAU